GUACGGACUUGGACGUUUGAUGUUGCUGACAGUCAUGUGUGACAGGCCUCGCAGGGGCGGCAUCACAAGUGCAUGGGAUAUAAAACCAAAGACAGAAGUCGCAAGUUUCUCCCAGAUCCCGGCAUAUCGCCGCCCAGCGGCCAGACAUCGCGGUUCGAUGACCCCAGCUCAGCGCAGCCGCACACGUCGGUGCAGGUCGGCAUCUUUGCUUCGUUUGGGAUUUCGUACGGGCUGGCCACGCUUUUCCUAUGCUUCCGCUACUUCCAGGCCAUCAAGAUCUCCAAGAAGAUGGAGCUAGGUCUCGUCAUCAUCACAUCUGCCUACGCCAUCGCCUUGUUUUACUUUGGCUCCACGACCAAACGUGGAUGGCCAUCCUGUGCGUGCUGUACCGCAUCAACCCGUCGCGUGGCCACCAUCGGCUUCGCCAUCCUCACCUACACUGUCGUGGCCUGCGCUGUGGCCGCCGGGCCGUGCGGCUCCCUGGACGCGGCGGCCGUGGCGUGCGUGUCGGACGUGGCCCUCGUGCACGCCGUGCUCAACAUCGCCUCGGACCUCGCCGUCGUCGCCGCCCCCAUCCCGACCGUGCACUCGCUCGGCCUAUCGCUCUGCCAGCGCCUCUCGGUCGGCUUGAUCCUCGCGCUCGGGUCCGCCGUCGUCGUGUACUCCAUCGUGCGCUUGCAAUACGUCGUCCGCACGAGGCGCGGGUCCGGCUGGGCGGGGCAGCGGCAGCAAUACCAAGCGGGCCUGCUAGAGGAGGACCUGACGUGGGCCGAGGCCGUGCUGGGGCUUUGGUCUGUCGUCGAGGUCAACCUGGGCAUCCUGUGCGCGUGCGCCAUGCGUCUCAAGCCGCACGCGAGGGCUUAUCUGCCGCGCCUGGGGCUCGGCGUGCUCUUUUCCGCGCCGCCGCCACCCGGAGAUGGGGGAUGGCCGGGCGGCGCCGACCUGGAGACCAUCGGGGGCUCGCGCUGGCAUAUCGGGCCCGGCGAGCAGCCGCAAAAGGCCGGCAGGGAGCGGUCUGGGGGCGGACGCGACCCUUAUCUGCUGUACAGCAUUCAGGACAAGGAUGACUCGGAGCCGAAGGAGAGCGAUGUAUCCAUUACCCAAAGCAUGCGCGUGGUAGCGUAG